AUGUUUCUACAACUCUUAUUGUUGUUGCAGUUCUCAAGGCUAACCCUUAUCGCAUCAUUAACGUCUCCAUUGAUCCAGGUGAAGCCUGGUUGCCAAGCCAAUUGUGGUGACGUUGCAGUAACAUACCCAUUUGGUAUAGGUCCAAACGAGAAUGGGUGUUCCUUCACCGGAGAUGGUUCAUCGUUUUACAACAUCACAUGUGAUACAUCUUAUCACUCUCCAAAACCAUUUUUAUGGCUUGGAACAAACCAAUCUUCAAGUAAACCUAAUAUGGUUGAACUGAUAAGUAUAUCAGAAACCGAAGAAGUACGUAUAAAACUCCUACCAUCUACAAUCUGUUAUGAGUAUAAAACUGGUAAAAUUACAUUUGAUGAAUUUUUAGGUUUUAUGGAUUUGCAAAAAACACCAUUUACAGUUUCAUCAACCAAGAACAAAUUAUUCGGGAUCGGUUGUGAUUCCGCCGCAAUUUUUAUUGACGUAGAUGCUAACUUUAAUGCAACAUGCUCGACAACAUGUAAAACUAAGAAAAAUAUAGUUGAUGGGAUGUGUUCCGGAAAUGGGUGUUGCCAAGUAAGAUUAUCUAAAGGGAUAAAGAGAAUUGCAAUCGGAAGUACUUCUAUGAACCCACUUUCAGAGAGUAUCUCAUUUAGUCCUUGUAGUUCUGGAUUCAUAUGCGAGUCUGAUAACUACACAUUUAAAGCUACGGAUUUAGAUGGUAAAAAUUUCCGUACCAAAGGGAGAGAUGUACCGGUGGUUCUUGAUUGGGCUAUUGGUGGUGAUAAGACGUGUGAGGAAGCUGAAAAAGAUCUGUCUACGUUUGCAUGCCAAAAUAAUAGUAAUUGCCGCAAUUCAGAUAAAGUUCCUGGAUAUAUUUGCACUUGUAGCACAGGUUUUGUGGGGAACCCUUAUUUAAGCCCUGGAUGCCAAGAUGUGAAUGAGUGUGAUCAAGACAAGAACCCUUGUGAAGGAAUCUGCACAAAUACAUUGGGAAGUUACACUUGCACUAAGGCCGGUUUUCCGAUACUAAAAGUCUCUCUUGGAGUUGGAUUUGGUUUCUUAUUUAUUAUUGGUGUUACUUUGAUGAUAUACUUCGUAAAAAGAAGAAACAAAAAAUCAAAAAGAUUUCCACGAAGUGGCGGUUCAUUGUUAAAACAAAAAAUAUCGUCCUGUUUGGAGCCUACAAAGAUAUUUACCGCCAAAGAGUUGGAAUUAGCAACCAACAAUUAUAGUGAUAAACUAAUUCUCGGACGGGGAGGUUUCGGGACAGUUUACAAGGGAACUUUACCAGAUGGACGCGCAGUCGCCAUUAAGAAGUCGAAGAUAAUCGAUGAUACUCAAAUUGAACAAUUCAUCAACGAGAUUGUGAUUUUAACUCAGGUUAACCAUCGAAACGUGGUGAAGGUCUUAGGAUGUUGUUUAGAAGAAGAUGCUGUUCCAUUGCUUGUUUAUGAAUACGUUUCCAACGGAACCCUCUUCCAGCAUAUCCAUAACAAGGAAGAUGGGGAACCAUCUAUAUUUCUUUCUUGGCAAGUUCGUUUGAGAAUAUCAACCGAAAGUGCAGGGGCACUUGCAUAUUUGCAUUCAGCAGCUUCUAUACCCAUCAUCCACAGAGAUAUCAAAUCUGCCAACAUACUGUUAGAUGGAAAUUACACUGCAAAAAUAGCUGAUUUCGGAGCAUCAAGGUUGAACCCAUUGGAUCAAACCCAAAUAGAUACACUAGUUCAGGGGACAAUGGGGUAUUUGGAUCCAGAAUACUUCAGUACCAACCUACUAACGAAUAAGAGUGAUGUUUAUAGUUUUGGUGUAGUUCUUCUUGAACUCUUAACUGGAGAAAAACCCAUCUCUUAUAUGAGACCUCAAGAACAACGAAGUCUUGCUGCGUAUUUUAUUAAUGCAAUGGAAAGAGGUGAGUUGUUCCAAAUUAUUGAACCUCAAAUAGCAAAUGAAGGUAAACGCAAACAGCUCGUUGCAUUCGCGGAGCUUGCAAGGAGAUGUGUUUACUUGAAGGGUGAAGAAAGACCUACAAUGAAAGAAGUUUCUGUAGAGCUAGAAAGUCUGAGUAAAAUAGAGACACAACGGAGCCAUGGACAGAAGUCCAACGUAUAUAGCGAUGAGGGAACAGAUCUCUAUUCAGUACCAAUUUAAGCUCUUGCGCCUCUGGUGAAUCUGGUCAAUACGG